AUGGCGGACGACGCUGAGCUCGCCUUCCUCGAAGCGCAAAAGGACGAAUACGACCCUUCCGCCGGUUACAGCAUGAACGACGCCCCUUCCGGACAGGACGAGUACGACCCUGCCGCUACAUACUCACCACACUCGUACCAGUCGGCAUCGAUGCCGCCCGAGUCUGGCGCAAACUCACCACCGGCCGCCGGUACCGAGGGCGAGAAUGGGCUGCAGCCCCAGCCUACUCAGACGUCUGCAGAAGACUCCGCAGCGCCGCAGUCCAAGCGACCGCGAACUGUGGGUGGUUUUGUCGACGAGAGCGAGGACGAGGAAGAGGAGCCCGCUGUGCAACCAGAAGAGGCGAAUGCUACACUGAAUGCUACUGGAGCUUCAGAGACUCCCCAGCCAUCUUUUACAAACUCUCCAAAAAAUACCAUUCCCAACCCAGAUGUACAGUUACAUAGUGCACAAGAUCAGGCUCCCGCAUCUAUCUCUGCUUCUGUCGCUGUCAAUGAGCCUGCUCCCUCUAUUGCUUCUCUUCCUAACGGCAGUACGCCUGUUGCAGACGCUACUAAGCCAGGUGCUCCAGACGUCAUGACUGUUGCUUCAGCUCGCCCAUCAGUGGCUCCAGCUACUCCAGCUCCUAUGUCUGCUUCUCUGCCAAAGGCUCGUCUUCCUCAGGACCGAGUGGGUAUUCUUGAAGAUCGCAUUGCUGAAGAUCCACGUGGUGACAUCGAAGCGUGGUUGAGUCUAAUUGAGGAGCACCGCAGGCGACACAAGCACGACGAUGCACGAGCUGUCUUUGAGCGUUUCCUCAAGGUUUUUCCUUCAUCAGGCGAGCAAUGGGUCGAGUACAUUGCCUUUGAGACCGAGCUUGAUGAACUGCCAAGGGUGGAGCAGCUCUUUGGUCGCUCCAUUCCCUCAGCCCAGUAUCUCGGCAUCUACUCUGCUUACAUCGACUUCAUCCGCCGUCGCUUCAACCUCACCACUGAUCAGAAUGGCCAGAAUCGUCAGACCGUCACGCAAGCUUACGAGUUCGUGCUCAACUCCGUCGGUCUAGAUGUUCAUGCUGGCAAGCUUUGGCUUGACUACAUCGAGAUGCUGAAGACUGGUCCAGGUGUCCUUGGUGGCAGCAGCUGGCAGGACAUGCAGAAGAUGGAUACCCUGCGUAAGGUAUACCAGCGCGCCGUCUCAGUACCACACAAUGCUACCCUAGAAAUUUGGCGGGAAUACGACAAGUUCGAAAUGAGCGUGAACAAGGUUUCGGGUCGCAAACAACUCCAAGAGACGUCACCUUCCUACAUGACUGCACGCAGCGCGAUCAACGUCCUAGACAACAACAUCACGAGGGGCGUGAACCGAACCACCUUACCCAAACUUCCACCCGCUGCUGGCUUCGAUGGUUACGAGGAGUACAUGAAUCAAGUGAAGCUAUGGCACAACUGGAUUCAGUGGGAGAAGAGUGACCCACUCGAGUGCGCGACCGACAAUCGGGAGCUAUACAACAAGCGUGUUCUUCACUUGUACAAGAAUGCCCUCAUGGCCCUCCGCUUCUGGCCGGAACUCUGGUACGAAGCAGCCGAGUGGUGCUACGAGAACAACCUGCAGGCUGAAGGCGACAAAUUCCUCAACGACGGCAUUGACGCGAACCCUGAGAGUUGUCUCCUAGCUUUUAAGAAGGCCAACCAGGUCGAGCAACGCACCGACUUCGAAGACGGUCAGGCGGGCAUCGUUGCCAAGGGCAGGGCGGUACGGGAGCCAUACCAAAGGCUUCUAGACAGCAUCUACGAUCUGACAGCGCAAGUCAAGAAGCGAGAGGAGCAUUCCAUCUCCCGCGCGAAAGAGCAGUUCGAGGCACAGAAGGCUGCAGACGACGCCGCUCGCGCAAUCGCACAGCAAAACGAAGACGCUGACGACGAAGACGAGGUUGUGCAGCAGCGACGCUUGAAAGAAAAGGAGGACGCCUUCAACCUUCAACUCCAGGCUAUGUCUGCCGGGUACAAUGCGCAAACACAAAACCUCAAGAAGACACUCACGUACGCGUGGAUAGCUCUGAUGCGGGCUAUGCGCCGUGUUCAAGGUAAGGGAGAUCCUAGAGGCGAGGUUGGUGGCUUCCGUGGUAUUUUCACAGAGGCUCGUAAGAAGGGCAAGCUGCUCAGUGAAGCCUACGUCGCCAGUGCGCUCAUCGAGCACCAUUGCUAUCAGGAACCGGCUGCACAGAAGAUCUUUGAGCGGGGCAUGAAGCUAUUCCCAGAGGAUGAGCAAUUCGCAUUGGAGUACAUCAAGCACCUCAUCAAGCUCAAUGAUUCUACUAAUGCUCGUGCCGUCUUCGAGACCGUCGUUGGCAAGCUCACGGCUAAGCCCGAGACCGUUCAUAGGGCAAAGUCGCUCUUCGCCUUCUUCCACGACUACGAAGCCCAGUUUGGGGAGCUGGCUCAGAUCACAAAACUCGAACAGCGCAUGACGACUCUCUUUCCCGAAGAUCCUCACCUGCACCGCUUCUCGCAGCGCUUCGCGAGCUCGACCUUUGACCCCAUCUCCGUUCGCCAUAUAAUCUCGCCUCGCACACAAAUGAAGCCAGUCAUGCCUUCGGUCAUGCCUUCUAUUGAGGAGCAGCAGCAGCAGCAGCAGCCGCAACAACAACAGCCGAUGCCUGCGAUACCGCCACAAAUUGUAGCCGAGCAACAGCGCCUUCAAUCUCCCGGCAUUGCAAACUCCCCACAUCUUGGAAACCUGGCCCCUGUUACGAACUCACCGAAGCGCCCUCUAGACGAUGCGGACGACGUUGCACAGCCUCGUAAGCUUGCUCGCGGCGAGUCACCUCUCAAGGGUGCGGCAGGUCGCCGUCUCGAUGCUGCACGCCGCAACUUAGCCACGACCGGUGCCACACCAGUUGGUCAGGCUCCAGGUCCGCCACCUCUGCCUCGUGGAGUCAAUUUCCUCCUUGGCAUCAUUCCUCCUGCACACACAUACAAGGAGACGCGCUUCAAGGCUGACGGCUUGGUCGCUCUGUUGCGUGACGUCGCUGCCAUCCCUGUUCCUCCUGGCCAAGGACCGCCACAGCCGCAGCGUUGGGGUACUACACCUACAACGGCACAACAGCUACAGAGCAUACAGGAGAAGUACGGCAACGGCGGACACAUGCCGAUGCACCCGGCGAUGGCUGGGACAAAUGGUUGGGGCCAAUAG